AUAUAAACUCGGGAAAUGUUUAUUAAACGAUUUCACAAAGAACCACAAUUUUCGAAUUUUCCCCUGUGCAAAUACUCCAGUUCAAACGUAACCUCACAUUUAAACGUCAAAACAUGGUUGAGGAUUUUGACAUAUCGCCACACAGUCAGUUGGCAGACGAUUUGCUAUAUCGAUUUCAGUUUUAGAGAGUUUAGCGUUUUAAGAAUGUCUUCCGACCACCAAGACCCUCCGUUGAAAGCUAUUGCCGGACUUAUUCACGAUGUCAAAAGAGGGAAACUCGAAGGCUCCUACAACAUCACCGUGAAAACUCUGGAUAUUCUGAAGAAAAUCAUUUCCGUCUGUGAUUGGAAGAGUGCCGAGGAACUCAUGAAACUUAUUCGGACGCAAGGGAAGAUCUUGGCAUCUGCACUGCCUCAAGAGGUCGUCACGGCGAAUAUUACGCGGAGAAUAAUCAAACUAAUUCGGGAAGAGUACGAUUUGUUGCAAGCGAAGGUUCAUCAGAUUACUGAUGACUCGCAAGCCUCCCUUCACAAGCUCGUUACGCAGACAAGUGACAACGACAUCAGCCGAGAUUACUCGAAACCUCAGGAAGGAUUGCGGGAGGCCCUCCUAGAUCACCUUCAAGAAAUAGAAACUGAAAUGGAAACCUGUUCGGAAAACGUAUCCGCUCAAGCCGAAGAACACAUUCACACUUCAGAAGUCAUCCUUACUCUAGGUCAUUCAAGGAGUGUCGAAAACUUUUUGAAACGGGCUGUGAAAAAACGCGAGAACUUAACAAUUAUCAUCGCCGAAUGCGCGCCAGCCUGCCGGGGUCACCACUUGGCAGCCAAUCUAGCCACAGGCAGUGCGGAAAUUGUUGUAAUUCCAGAUUCAACAAUUUUCGCAAUGAUGUCGCGAGUAAAUAAAGUGAUAAUUGGAACCCAUAGCGUGCUGGCAAACGGUGGUUUGCGUGCUGCCUGCGGCGCCUACACAGUCGCUCUUGCAGCGAAACAUUAUUCAGUGCCAGUCAUUGUUCUGGCUCCAAUGUACAAGUUGUCUCCCGUGCAUAUGUGCAACGUAGAACAGGAUGCUUUCAAUUUAGUGGAAUGUGCCGAAGGAGUGAUUCCUUACAAUUCACUGGCCGCCAAAUUUGCGAAAGUUUACAGUCCAAUCUUCGAUUAUGUGCCGCCUGAAUUGGUGACGCUGUUUAUUUCUAAUAUGGGUGGACAUGCGCCUUCUUAUGUGUACAGAUUAUUAAGUGAAUUGUAUCAUCCGGAAGAUUAUGAGCUUUAAAAUAAAUACGAUUUUUUCAAGGAGCUGA